UCAGUCUUCGCUCCGCGCCCGCGCCGCAAGCAUGACCGACGCGCUGCUGCCCGCGGCCCCCCAGCCGCUGGAAAAGGAGGGCGACUGCUACUUUCGGAAGGGUUGCAAUCCCCUUGCACAAACUGGCCGAAGCAAACUGCAGAAUCAAAGGGCUGCCUUGAACCAGCAGAUCCUGAAAGCCGUGAGGAUGAGAACAGGAGCAGAAAACCUUCUGAAAGCAGCUACGAACCACAAGGUGCGGGAGCAGGUGCGCCUGGAACUGAGCUUCGUGAACUCAGAUCUACAGAUGCUCAAGGAAGAGCUGGAGGGGCUCAACAUCUCAGUGGGAGUCUAUCAGAGCACAGAGGAGGCAUUUACCAUCCCCCUGAUUCCGCUUGGUCUGAAGGAAACCAAGGAUGUUGACUUCUCAGUCGUUCUCAAGGAUUUUAUCCUGGAGCAUUACAGUGAGGACAGCUACCUCUAUGAAGACGAAAUAGCAGAUCUGAUGGACCUGAGACAGGCCUGCCGGACGCCCAGCCGGGAUGAGGCCGGUGUCGAACUGCUGAUGAGUUACUUCAUCCAGCUGGGAUUUGUGGAGAGCCGAUUCUUCCCGCCCACCCGACAGAUGGGGCUCUUGUUUACGUGGUAUGACUCCCUCACCGGGGUGCCAGUUAGCCAGCAGAACCUGCUACUGGAGAAAGCCAGCAUUCUGUUUAACAUCGGAGCCCUCUACACACAGAUCGGGACCCGGUGCGAUCGACAGACGCAGGCUGGGCUGGAGAGUGCGGUGGACGCCUUUCAGAGAGCAGCAGGGGUUUUAAAUCAUCUGAAAGAGACGUUCACUCAUACUCCGAGUUAUGACAUGAGUCCUGCCAUGCUCAGUGUGCUGGUCAAAAUGAUGCUUGCACAAGCCCAGGAAAACGUGUUUGAGAAAAUCUGCCUUCCUGGGAUCCGGAACGAGUUCUUCAUGCUGGUGAAGGUGGCUCAGGAGGCUGCCAAGGUCGGGGAAGUCUAUCGGCAGCUGCAUGUGGCCAUGAGCCAGGCACCGGUGAAGGAGAACAUCCCCUACUCCUGGGCCAGCCUGGCCUGUGUGAAGGCCCACCACUACGGAGCCCUGGCCCACUACUUUGUAGCCACGCUUCUCAUUGAUCACCAGUUGAAGCCUGGCGCAGACGAGGACCAUCAGGAGAAGUGCCUGUCCCAGCUCUAUGACCACAUGCCGGAGGGACUGACGCCCUUGGCCACGCUGAAGAACGGUCACCAGCGCCAGCUGCUGGGCAAGUCCCACCUGCGCAGAGCCAUUGCCCACCACGAGGAGUCUGUGAGGGAGGCCAGCUUGUGCAAGAAACUACGCCACAUUGACGUGCUCCAGGAGGUGCUGUCCGCAGCGCACCAGCGCUCCCGGCUCAAGUACGCUCAGCACCAAGAGGACGAUGAGCUGCUGAACUUGAUGGAUGCCCCUGACAUUAUCUCUAAGACUGAGCAAGAGGUUGAAAUUAUAUUGCCACAGUUCUCCAAGGUGACAGCAACAGACUUCUUCCAAAAGCUGGGCCCCCUGUCGGUGUUUUCGGCGAACAAGAAAUGGACACCUCCUCGCAGCAUUCACUUCACUGCAGAAGAAGGGGAUUUGGGGUUCACCUUGAGAGGAAACUCCCCAGUUCAAGUCCACUUCCUGGACCCUUACUGCUCUGCUGCGCUGGCAGGAGCCAAGGAAGGGGAUUAUAUUGUGUCCAUUCGAGACGUGGAUUGCAAGUGGCUGACCGUGAGUGAGGUCAUGAAACUGUUGAAGGGCAAGGGCAAGGACGACGUGGAGAUGAAGGUCGUGAGCCUCCUGGACUUCACCUCGUCCAUGCAUAAUAAGUGUGCGACAUACUCUGUGGGCAUGCAGAAAACCUACUCUAUGAUCUGCUUAGCCAUAGACGAUGAUGACAAAACUGAUAAAACCAAGAAAAUCUCGAAGAAGCUUUCUUUUUUGAGUUGGGGCACCAACAAGAACAGACAGAAGUCAGCCAGCACCUUGUGCCUCCCGUCGGUUGGGGUUGCGAGGCCUCAGGUCAAGAAGAAGCUCCCCUCGCCCUUCAGCCUUCUCAACUCGGAUAGUUCUCUGUACUAA